AUGCUCGAACCAAGGCCAGCCUCGGAGUUGAUGCAGGUGGCGCGAAGAAUAUCACCCAACGUGGAGCUUUAUAUUCCUCGGAACUCUCGGCCCGACCAGAUUCCUUCACUGGCUAGUGAUGGCGGAACCGUGGAGGUCGAGGGGAACUUCCUGGGCAGAGGGCUAGUAGCCAUAACGGCAUACUACUCUUACAAACGAUCAUGA